AUGAGGAAGUUUGAUUUCAGAGCUGACUUCUUAAAAUAUUCACAGGAAGUCACACUGGAUCCAAACACAGCAAACAGAUGUGUGUUAUUAUCUGAGGGAAACAGAAAAGUAACAGCUAUGAGUAAACAACAGUCUUAUUCUGAUCACCCAGACAGAUUCAUUGGUCAGCCUCAGGUCCGGAGUACAGAGAGUCUGACUGGGCGUUGUUACUGGGAGGUGGAGAUGUGGAUGGGAGUUGGAGCUAUGGUAGCAGUCACGUACAAGAAUAACAGAAGAAAUUCGUUAGAAUGUGAAUUUGGAUUCAAUGAUAAAUCCUGGUCAUUAUAUUGUGGUAAAAACAUUUAUUUCUUUUACUACAACAGCAUCUUGACUCCAGUGUCAGGUCCUUGGUCCUCCAGAGUAGGAGUGUACCUGGAUCCCAGUGCAGGUGUUCUGUCCUUCUACAAUGUCUCUGACACCAUGACUCUCCUCCACAGAGUCCAGACCACAUUCACUCAGCCUCUCUAUGCUGGAGUUAGGGUUAAUCCUGGAACCACAGCUGAGUUCUGUAAACUCAAAUAGA